AGAAGUAAUUGCGGAUAGUGGAAAUGCACAUUCAGCACUCUAUGGUAUACGCUUCUAAAAAUGACACGCGUUGCGAUAGACACGUGGCCUUGCACCAAACCACCAGAGUGGACCAGAAGAACCGGGCUUGUGGGGAUUUAAGGCCUUGGCCCAAGACGCUUCAGAAGAACUCAGGAAAUGACAUUUCCUCCGUUUAGCAGGACACAGAGACAGCGAGAGAGCGAGCAUGUGAGCGAGAGACUACUGGGAGAACGAGUGGGAGUUCCUAAGUGGGAACAGAGCAACUAGUGUUUCGUAUUACUGCGAAAAGAGGAGAAAGAGAGGAAGAGUUCAUGUGGCCAAAGGCUGUGGUGGGUCCCGCAGUCGUGCUCCGCUUGUUUAAGCGUGCUGCAGUGUUGUGGGUUUAUGGAUUCACUGAGAGAGGACAAUGUACAUUUCUGUAGUGCUGCUGGUCCUGACUAAAGCUCUGCUCACAGAAGUAUGUCACGCCCUGAACGUGACGGUGAUCCCGGGGCCCGUUCUCACGGCAACCGAGCGGGAGAACCUGACACUGUCCUGCCUGGUAUCUCAGAGAAAGAAGAAUGGCAGCACUCUCGUCCUCCGCUGGUUCUUCUCCCCUCUGGCUGCUCCCACCCCGGCGCCUCCUUUACCUCUCCCAUCUCCUUCCCCCAACACCCCAGAGCCCUCCCAGGUCCUCAUAGUCAAAAUGGGCAUCAAGAAAAUCAAGCUGUACGGCAACUACACCCGCCGCUUCCCCCAGCCCAAGUUUCGUCUUUACGAGCAAACGGAGGGAGAGGUGUACCGCUUAAGGAUUCUCAACGUGAGUGGGACGGACCAGGGCUUCUACACGUGUCGAGUGCACGAGAUAACAAAGUACAGAAACGUAUGGAGAGCAUCGUCCAACGGUAGCAGCACCACACAGCUGACAGUGCAUUUUACACUGGAGGCUCGUGGAGGUGAAGGAAUUUGGCGCCUGUUAUCAGACGUGAACGUGUGUGCCGUGUUAAUCUGCUCGCUGGGUUUAGUCUCCAUCUUCCUCUUCACUCUCACGCUCACGUUCCAGUAUUUCUACAGGAGACACAGGCUCAAAGCAAGUUACCUUCUGGUCAAGUGUCCAGAGAGCAGCUCCGGAGAGACAGUAACCAGCUCCGGAAGUUCUUCUAGUUCCUCACCAAGAGCACUGAGUAAAUACAUGGGACAAAAAAGUGAUCGAAAAGUGGCAUUAAAACCCCCUAAGGUGCCCGAGAAGCCACUACCACACACACCACCUACAGUGCCCAAGGCUUCAAAAGGACCUCAGAAGCCCAAAAGGUCAAAGGUCCCAAGGAGAUCUGCCAAUCCUCAAGCACGUCAGGAGGACAACCUGACAUACGCGGAGCUGGAGUUGGUCCGACCAGCCAUCGAGGCCCCGGCCUCCACCAGUCCCGACCCUGACCCUUCCAGCCCAGACACGGUAUACGCUCAGAUCCUCUUCCAGGAGAAGCAGCUGUAAACACAGCAACUCGAUCUGGACCCAUGGAUAUCUCGCGAUACCUCCCAGAGAGGAAGACUUUGAUUGGGUUCUGGAGUGAGGACGUGUAUUUAUGAACAUGCAAUUGGCAUUUGUUUUCACUGUAUGUGUCUUUGCGUGUCUUUGAGCACCUGAUUCGAGUCUAACACAGACAUUUUUGAAGGGCCUGAUUUUAUGUUUGCUUUGUCGGCAUCUCUGGUCUGUGAGCCAGAUGUCGUAAGAAUGCUCUGUUAUUGCUGACAGGAUGCUCAGGAGAGAAGUCGUUGUCAAUGCUUCUUUUUCUGGACAACAUUGCAACUCUCAGAUUCUUUUCAUUCAUCUCUAGUUUACAGUGGAGACCUGCUUAUGAAAUAAUAAAUGGCAAUGUACAUUAUAUAUGUCCAUGUAAAAUAUUUUGUUUCAUAUAAAAAACGUUUUUAAAUUGA